CUCGCACGCGUCCCGCUGCCCUCUCAAACCACCAACAAAUAUCCCCGAAAUGAGCAGACGAAAGAUAGGAUACGCUUAUAGUAAAGCGUAUACAUCUAUCUGCGACCUCCUGCCGUCGAAUAUAGGUCGCGCGUCGCUCGUUGACGGGUUGAUCAGCGCAUAUGAUUUACAGUCGCAGUGCGAUCAGAUAAUACCUCCCAGUUUCGCCUCGAAGGCGCAGCUAGUGUCAUUCCACGACAGCGAUUUUAUCUCGUUUUUGCUAGGGGAGGAGGUUGAGCUAGACGAAGAUGAUAGCGACGACAACGACAGCUCGCGAUCAAUUCUCGAGCAGGAACCAGAUCAUGACGAUAGAGAUCGGAAACUGCAGGCGAGGUUCGGGGUUGAAUUUGAUUGUCCUAGGUUCCAGGGACUGGACAAGUACAUCCAGGCCGUUGCUGGGACGACGUUAUCUUGCGCUCGCUUCUUGAGUCAGGAAAGUGCUGGUGUGGAGCAGAGGAUUGCGGUUAAUUGGCAUGGGGGACGGCAUCAUGCGGGGAAAGAGCGUUGUUCUGGGUUUUGCUACGUUAACGAUAUCGUGCUCGGCAUACUCGAACUACGCAAGCAAUUCGACAAAGUCAUGUACAUCGACCUCGACCUCCACCACGGCGACGGCGUCGAAAAAGCCUUUGCGCACUCAAACAAAGUGCUCAACCUCUCCAUCCACCGCUUCGACCGCGGCUUCUUCCCCGGUACCGGCAACUCAAAACAUAACGGCAAGGGUAAAGGCGAAGGCUUCACGAUCAACGUCGGCUUGCGAUCCGGGCUGUCGGAUGCGUCGCAUCGCAGGGUGGUCGAGGAGGUCGUGUUGCCUGCGUAUCGGAAAUUCAGGCCGGAUGUGGUGGUCUUGCAGUGUGGAGCAGACGGCCUUGCGCGCGACCCUGCAAAGGAAUGGAAUCUGACGACUAGGGGCCUGGGAGAUCUCAUACUCGAUAUCAUAGGCUGGGGAUCUCAGCCCUGUCUGUUACUCGGAGGCGGUGGAUAUAACCACUCAGAUGCAGCCAGGUUGUGGUGUUAUGUCCUCGCUUGUCUGACGGUUGGCAGGCAGCAAGUUGAAAAGUGGGAUUUGAUUCCCGAGAACGCAGAAUCUAUUGAUGAGUUUGCUGAUGACGGGUUUGCGUUCUACGUCGAGAAUGAAAAGAGAUCGGUGCCGGACCGGAAUCUGCAGGAUGAGUACUUGGAGCGGAUUAUCGAGUACUCAUUAGGUCGGCUAGACCUGAUAGCAGAGGAUAGCUGACGAAGAAAUUUGCAUAAAUACAUAUCAAUUCAAAAAUACUAUAC